CACCAUCUUCUGCCGGACAUUGCUGCUGCACGUUUAUAUGAUAACUGGAAAGCCCUUGUACCCACACUCGUUGAUGUUCAUCUUGACUACAUGUCGAGGACCAUGGGUAAACCUCUCGAUUCAGCCCCAUCGAUUAUGUAUGCAUGUUGCUCACAGAAAUGCGCACUUAGGUGGACACCUAUGAUCUGCUUAUUUUUUGAUCAU